UAUAGCUAGGUCCUCCACAGGUGACAGCUUAUUUUAUUCACUAGGUACAAUAAUACUGGUACUACUUUCUUCUUUCCAAGUUCUAAAUUACAGUAUCAUUCUAGCUUUUGUUGCAUUUUGAAAGCACAUACAAACUCCUUCAUCUCAUCAGGAAUAAUAAUUCAGUGACUAUGGCGGAAGCACUUCUUCAAGUUGUUCUUGACAAUUUGAACUCUAUGAUCCAAAGGGAGUUUGGAUUACUAUGGGGCGUUGACAAGGAGAUGAAAAAUCUUUCUAGCAAACUCUCUACAAUCAAGGCUGUACUUGAAGAUGCUGAGCUCAAGCAACUGCAAGAAAAGCCAAUCAAAAUUUGGUUGCGAAAGCUCAAACAAGCUGUUUAUGAUAUAGAUGAUGUCUUGGACGAGGGUGCAACUGAAGCUGCUCGAUUGAAGGAGCCUAAAGGCCAAAAAUUUGGAUCUCUCAGUAAGGUACGCCACUAUUUCUUAUCUUGUUAUUCUCCUCUAGACAAUGUUUUGUUUCGUCACAAGAUAGGGAAUAAAAUGAAGGAAAUUAAUGAGAAGUUGAAUGCAAUUGCUGAUGAGCGGAGGGAUUUUCAUUUGCAUGAGGUGGUUGUGGCGAGUCGAGUUGGAAUUCCUGAAUGGCGCGAAACCAGUUCUGUUUUAACUGAAGAUCGUGUGUAUGGAAGAGAAAAUGAUAAAGAAAGUGUUAUCGAACAGUUGGUGAUAAAAGCAAGUGACUGUCAGGAUGUUUCGAUACUUCCUAUUCUUGGUAUUGGAGGGCUCGGAAAGACGACGCUUGCCCAACAAGUGUUCAAUGAUGAAAGGGUAAUUAAGCAUUUUGAGCCGAGAAUUUGGGUUUGUAUUUCAGAAGAUUUUGAAGUAAAGAGGGUCAUUAAACUGUUAAUAGAAUCGGUGAGUGGGAAAUCUUGUGACGAUUUAAGCUUAGAUAUUCUCCAAAGACAACUUCAAGAUAAGUUGAACGGCAAAAGAUAUUUGGUUGUUUUGGAUGAUGUGUGGAAUGAGAAUCGACAAAAAUGGGAGAUGGUAAAAUGUGUACUACCAUCUGGAUCAAAGGGUGCUUCAGUCAUUACCACAACUCGUCUCGAAAACGUGGCAUUGAUUAUGAGAACGCUCCCUAUAUAUCGUUUGACGUGUUUGUCAGAAGAUGAUUGUUGGUUAGUGUUCAAGCAACAAGCAUUUAAAGACGAGGGUGAAGAUCGUUCAAACCUUGUGGCAAUCGGGAAGGAGAUCGUGAAGAAGUGUAGGGGCGUAGCUUUAGCGGCAAAGGCUCUUGGAAGCUUACUGCAGUUCAAAAAUGAAGAAAGUGAGUGGGUUAAUAUUAAAGAAAGCAAAAUUUGGGGUUUACCACAAGAUGAGUACUCCAUAAUGCCUGCAUUAAGAUUAAGUUACUAUAAUCUUCCAUUCGAGUGUAGACAGUGUUUUGCUUAUUGCGCCAUGUUUGAAAAGGAUUCUAGAAUCGAGAAGGAUCGUAUAAUUCAUUUAUGGAUGGCUAGUGGUUUCAUUUCAUCUAAUGGAACGAUGGAAUUGGAAGACAUUGGUAAUGCGAUAUGGAAAGAGUUAUAUUCUAGAUCUUUCUUCCAAGAGGUAGAGAAUGACGAUUUUGGCAAUAUUCAAAGUUUUAAGAUACAUGAUCUUGUUCAUGAUCUAGCUGAAUCUAUUAUGGAAGAUGAAUGUCACGUGAUGAAGGUUGAAAGGUCAAAUGAUAAACAAAACCACAGUGUUCGACAUGUCACAUUAGUUGAUGCCUCUGAAGCAUUGGAAAAUGUUAAAUCUUUGAGAAAAUUAUUUGUGAAGGCAUUUUCUCACGACUUUACGAAAUUUAGUACCUUACGAGUUCUGAAUGUUAAUGAUGGAACUCUUAUAAGUAAGCUGCCAUCCUCAAUUGGCAAUUUAAUUCAUUUAAGGUACUUGAAUCUUUCUCACAAUACUAUGUUGACAACUCUUCCGGAGUCAUUAUGCAACCUAUUGAAUUUGCAGACCUUAUACCUUAACAGGUGUCUGAGUCUUAAAAGGUUACCCAACCACAUGGGACGCAUGAUCAAUCUCCGACAUCUAUUUAUGGAAGACUGUUAUGGUCUAACAGAAAUGGCUCCAGAGAUCGGGCAGUUAACCAACCUCAAGUCAUUAAGUAUUUUCAUUGUGGGUGAGCUGCAAUUGGGUGAGCUGCAAGUGUUAAACCUGGGAGGAAAAUUAUAUAUUAAGCAUCUGGAAAGGGUGGAGAAUUGGGUGGAUGCAAGAGAAGCAGCAAACUUGGAGCAGAAAAAAAACCUCUACAGCUUGCGUUUGGGUUGGAAUAUUCGAAGUGAAUCAGAAAAUGCUGAACGGGUACUAGAUGCUCUUAAACCUCACCCAAAUCUUAAAGAGUUGAUCAUAGAAGAUUAUCCAGGUACCUCUUUCCCACGCUGGAUGAGUGAUCUAGUACUGCUUCAAAAUUUAGUUAGAGUUUCACUUUAUCGUUGCAAAAAUUGUCAAAGUGUUCCACCAUAUAGUCAAUUGCGUUGGUUGAAACAUCUUGAGAUUUCUCACAUGCCAUCUUUGGAAAGGUUGUCAAGAGAGGAAGAAAAAGAUGUAUUCCCUUGUCUUUCCCAAUUGAUUAUUUAUGAUUGCCCUAAGUUGACAUUUAUGCCAUGCCUUCCGUCACUCAAAUAUUUACGAGCACAUGGAGGCAGUGAUGUCUUAUUGAGUUCGAUCUCAAACCUCAGUGCUCUUGAGUCACUAAAUAUCCGGCAUUGUCAUGAGAUUGAGUCAUUACCGGAACAAGGAUUACAAGGCCUCAACUCUCUCCGUUCUUUAGAGGUUUAUUACUGUAGAAAGUUGAAGUCCUUGUCUGAGGGACUGCAACACCUCAAAGCCCUUGAGAGUUUGAGUCUUCGAGGAUGCGACGAGCUCGUUUCUCUGCCGGAGGGUAUUAAACACCUCCAUUCCCUUAGAAAUCUGGAAAUUUCAUCGAAUCACAAGUUGGUGGUUUUGCCGGAGGCCUUACAGCAUGUCCCUGCACUGCAAUCUCUACACAUCGAUGCAUGUGGAGAGCUAACAUCGUUGCCUGACUGGUUGGGAAAUCUUGCAUCUCUUCAAUCGUUGUCGAUUGGUCUUUGCCCAAAGGUUGAGUCACUUCCAGACAGCAUUCAAAGCCUAACCAAUCUCACAACUUUGUCAAUUUGGAAAUGUGGUGAACAACUCAAAAGGAGAUGCGAGAAGGGAAGCAGGGAGGAUUGGUAUAAGAUACAACACAUACCAAGUGUUUAUAUAUAUUAUUAGUGUGAGAGAUGGCACAAACUACAAACUGUUGCGGUGGGCCCGUGGCUACUUCAUGUUACAAAAGAUGACAGGAUAUUACCAAUAAGAAUAAGAGUUCGUGACUUUAUGAUAUUUCUUUAGGUACAUUUUAGAGGAACUUAGCAGCAAGAUGAACGGUUCGGGACGAUCCUCCUUCAUUGUGCAUUUUUUAUAUAAUCCAUUAAAAGUGUACUCCAGAUUUAUCUAUCCAAGUUGGAAAAAAACACAUUUUAUUACUCUUUCAGGAGAUUAGCACAGAGGUAAUCCAGUAAGUGUCAACUGAUUCAAGAAGACCAGGGAUUCAGCACUUUGAAAUGAGAUGAACAAAUAGGUGACCAAAAUACUCAGAGACUCCUUUAUGACGCCUAGAAAAGAUGUUUGUGGUUGCAAUUUCAAGUGUCUGGCUUGGGAUUUCAAGUGUUCUCAAUUUAUCUGAUGCUGUAAUUUGAUUAGACAAGAUGAAGCAAAUUCUUUGCUUGAGAUAGCAUUAUUCUUUCUUAUGUAAAAUUAUUAAAGAAAUUUCACAAUUCGAGAGAAUGUGUCUACACUUGCAUUGUGUAUUGUUCGAUAA